AUGAUCAGUUUUAAGGCAUUUUUAGCCAUCUAUUUAUUUGGUGGUAUAACGUUUUUACCGUUAGCCUUGAUAGCUGCAUAUUUUAUACAUAAACAAUUGAAAACCAUUCAACUUCAAGAAGAAAACCAACUCCAAGAGACCAAGAAUGCUGAAGAUGAAAGGCUAUUAUUUGAAAAGGUCAGUCCUGAUUUCAAAGUAGGUAAUAUUGAAGAAGCCAAAGGUGUAGAAGUUACCCAAAAGGGUUGGUUAUCCGUUACUAAAGUGUAUUAUUAUCAUUCGAGUGACUUCAUGGACAUGAUCAAUAAGAAUGAUCCAAAUUUAGUCGUUGACAUUUCUAAUCACACUAUUAAUGAUGAAAUUGUACCAGAAAGAAGUCAAUUAAAGAAAAAAAAUAAAUUCUUUGCUAUUUUGAGACAUGGGAAUUUGUUUCUUUACAGAGAUGACAAUGAAAAAAAUAGCCAUUUGGUUCAUGCUAUUACUUUACAAAAUAGUUUUGUCACUCUAUGGCCACGUAAUCCAAAUAAUGAAUCAUCCGAUGGUUCACUUUUCACAAAGAGAACCUGUAUUUCAAUUAUUAGAAAUACAGAUGAAUUGAUUGAUAAAUCCACCAAUAAAUUAAAUUUUGAUUCUCUAACAAAUAAUUCCUCCGUUACAUCUGAUUCUACACCUUCUUCUUCAAAUCAAUUUUUCUUAUACUUCGACAAUAAUACAGAAAAGGAAGAUUGGUAUUUUAAGUUGAUCAAUGCUUCUAAGAACAAUAAGACUAAACAAAAGAAUAUAAACCCAUUAUUAGAUUCCAAUUUGACUGCGAAUACAGCUCAUUUGAACACUCGUGAUAUGCUGUAUUUAAUUCAGACUUUGAAUUCCACUGAAGGCCAAUUAUCUACUAAAUGGUUAAAUGCUUUGAUAGGCCGUAUAUUUUUGUCGUUACAACAAACUAAUACUUUAAAUGAUUUAUUACGUGAUAAACUUUAUAAGAAAUUAACUAAAAUUAAUACUCCUGGUUUCUUAGAUGAUUUUGUCAUUGAAAAAGUUGAUGUUGGCAACGCUGCACCAAUGAUUACAAACCCCAAAUUAUUUGAAUUAUCUCCUGAUGGAUUGACCAAAAUUGGAUUUGAUUUAAUCUACAAGGGAAAUUUGACUCUGAGAAUUGCUACAAAGGCUCAAAUCAAUUUGGGUUCAAGAUUUAAACAAAGAACUAUCUCAAUUAAAUUAGAAGUGAAAUUGAAAGAAAUGUCCGGUCCAAUUUUAAUUAUGAUUAAACCACCGCCAUCAAACAGAAUUUGGUAUACCUUCCAAUCAGAACCUACCAUUGAUAUCGAUGUCGAACCAAUUGUCAGCUCUAAUAAAUUGAAUUAUAACGUCGUUACAAACACAAUUAAAAGUAAAUUUGCAGUGGCAAUCAAAGAAUCUUUGGUUUAUCCAUUUUUUGAUGAUAACGUAUUUUAUACAACUCAAGAUGAUAUCUUUAGAGGUGGUAUUUGGGAAAAUUAUGACUCAGUUAGAAAAGUAAGUGAACAAUUAAAUAAAGAAAAAUUGCAUGGUGAAGCUACUCAAAUUUUAAAUUCAGCUACUACUUCUACUGCUACUACUGCUACUACUACUAAUGAUUUAAAUUUAAUGGAUUUACAAAAUGAAAAUGAAAAUUCUAAUGUGAAUUCAUCCUCUAUUAAUUCUACGCCAAAAAAAAGUGAUGCAAAUGCUUCAUUAGAUGGUUCAAUUACAGGUCUUGAGCCCAAUGAUGAUUCAAAUUCAUUUUCUGACAAAGUAGAUACUGUAUCUACCAGUAGUACUUCUCCAUUAAAAAAACGUACUUUGGAAAAAGUUGGCUCAUUGAGAAAAGUGCUACAUAAUAAAAAACACGGCAUUAUUAAAUCUUCCACUGAUAUGAAUGACGAAUCUGAGACUUAUUCCGCAGACCAGACCUCUAAUAAUAAUGAUAGUCAAGUAGAUGAUUUUGAUCAGAAUGAUGACCAAGAUGAUCAACAAAAUACAGAUGAUCAACCAUUGAUUAACGAUAAAGAUUUAACUCGUCCAGCUAUAAUGUCUAGUAAGAAUAUUUCUACAUCGAGCUUGCAAACGGAUAACCGUAGUACUUCGGAAGAAACUUCAAAUGGUAACCAAUCUAAAAAAUAUUUUAAAAAUUCAAUGAAAAAAUUUGGCAAAUGGUAUAAAGAAACAGUCAAGGAUAAUAAUUCCACUUCAAUCUUCAAUUCCAAUUCCAACUCCAAUUCAAAUUUAAACUCAGAAAAUAACCAAUUAAACAACUCUUCAUCAGAGAAAAUAGAAGAAACUUCUUCUUCUCCCUCUCCUCUCCCUUCCAGCACCUUAAUAAACCAAGAAAAUAAAGAAGAAUCUUCAACUGAAAAAAAGAGUGCAUCUACUCCAAAUUUAAAUAGACCUGAACCACCAAAGAUGAUUACAAAUAGAAGAAGACCAGUACCAAAAAUUCCAGUCUCUAUUCCAUCUCAAGUAGCAGAAACCGGAAUGAAAAUUCAAACUUCUCCCAUUCCAACCUCCACUGGAAUGUUUGUUAAUCAAGAGAAAACACCAUCUCCACAAGUUGAAUCUGUGAGGACCUCUUCUUUCCCAACACAGGCUUUUCCUCAAGGGUUUGUAAAAGCCCAAGCUAAUGAGGAAUUAAACCCUCCUUUAUACGAUACCCAAUUAGAAUCUCCACAAGCAGCUGAACUCUCCUCAAAUCAAAACCUAGAAGAGAAUAUAUAA